AUGGAUCCCGGGCUGCUGCGGCCAGCGCCAGUGAGCGAAGUUAUCGUCCUCCAUUAUAACUACACUGGCAAACUCCGAGGUGCUCGCUACCAGCCUGGCGCAGGGUUGCGCGCCGACGCCGUUGUGUGCCUGGCAGUGUGCGCCCUCAUCGUGCUCGAGAACUUGGCCGUGCUGUUGGUACUCGCGCGCCACCCUCGCUUUCACGCGCCCAUGUUCUUGCUCCUGGGCAGCCUCACGCUGUCCGAUCUGUUGGCUGGAGCCGCGUAUGCCGCCAAUAUCCUGUUGUCCGGGCCACUCACGUUGCGCCUGUCGCCUGCGCUUUGGUUCGCGCGCGAGGGCGGAGUCUUCGUGGCGCUCACAGCAUCCCUGCUGAGCCUCUUGGCCAUCGCACUGGAGAGAAGCCUAACCAUGGCGCGCCGGGGACCUGCACCUGCUGCCCGUCGGGGGCGCACGUUGGCACUGGCAGCCGCCGCCUGGGGCGCAUCGCUGCUCAUUGGCCUGUUGCCGGCGCUGGGGUGGAACUGCCUGGGCCGUCUGGACUCCUGCUCCACUGUGCUGCCGCUCUACGCCAAGGCCUACGUGCUCUUCUGCGUGCUUGCCUUCGUCGGCAUCCUGGCGGCCAUCUGUGCGCUCUACGCGCGCAUUUACUGCCAGGUGCGCGCCAAUGCACAGCGCCUGCGAGCCAGGCCGGGGACAGGAGGAGGUUCCUCUCAGCGAACACGCCGCACGCCACGCACGCUGGCGCUGCUGCGCACACUCAGUGUAGUACUCCUGGCCUUUGUGGUAUGCUGGGGUCCUCUCUUCCUGCUGCUGCUGUUAGACGUGGCAUGCCCAGCGCGCGCCUGCCCAGUGCUCCUGCAGGCUGACCCUUUCCUGGGUCUGGCCAUGGCCAAUUCGCUUCUGAAUCCCAUUAUCUACACUCUUACCAACUGCGACCUGCGCCACGCGCUCCUGCGCCUCAUCUGCUGUGGCCGCCGCCCCUGUGGACUAGGCACCAGUGGUUCCAGGCGGACUGGGAGCGCAGCUGGGGCUUCGGGUGGCCUGCGACAAUGGUUGCCUCCGGGUAUGGACGGCAGCUCCAGCCGCUCUGAGCGUUCGUCGCCCCGACAAGAUGGGCUGGAAACCAGCGGCUCCACAGGCGGCCCCUGUGCACCCACGGCCGCUCACACCCUGGUGUCUGUGCCCACUGCAGACUGA